ACUCUUGUCCACACACAACCUAUUUUCCCUUCUAUGGCUGUGACACUAACACUUACAAGCUUUAUGUUUCUCACGUUCGUUCUCUUUGUAGUGUACAGAUUUGUUUAAACAUAAAUAAAAUUUCCCGAUCUGCUUGGAAACCGAAUUUGAUUUUCAAAAAUCAAAUUCUGUAAGGAAAAGUUCGGGACAUAGUUUACAGAGAAGGAUGAAAAUGCCAUCUCUCGCUGUCCUUAUCAUCGCUCUCAGAUCUUAGCUUUGCCAGAUUUGGCUUUCUGGGUCUUCGAUAAUCGGUUUGUUGAAUUUUCGGUCGAGCAAUUGAUCGACGAUGGAUCCAGUGUUCCCAAAUUGAUUUUUACAAUAUCUGUUCUCUCGGGAUAUACAUUUCCUGGAUUGCCUCUUGAUUCAAAUAAGGAAAAAGGAAAUGCAAACUGAUAGCGGCAAGUUAUUUGUUGGUGGAAUAUCUUGGGAUACUGAUGAAGAACGUCUUAAAGAGUAUUUCAGUGCCUUUGGUGAGGUUGUAGAAGCUGUGAUUAUGAAGGAUCGGAUCACAGGUCGCGGUCGUGGCUUCGGCUUUAUUGUUUUUGUUGAUCCAAAUGUUGCAGAUAGAGUUGUAAGGGAGAAGCAUAAUAUUGAUGGAAGAAUGGUUGAGGCUAAAAGGGCUGUUCCCAGGAAUGACCAGAACAUUGUAGGUAGAACCAGUGGUACCAUUAAUGUUUCUCCUAGUGCUGGACGAACUAAAAAGAUAUUUGUUGGGGGCUUAGCAUCGACUGUUACAGAGAGCGAAUUCAAGAGCUAUUUUGAUCAAUUUGGGACAAUUACAGAUGUUGUGGUGAUGUACGACCACAAUACUCUUCGACCCAGAGGAUUUGGGUUUAUUACAUAUGAUUCCGAAGACGCAGUAGAUAAGGUUCUUAUCAAGACUUUCCAUGAACUGAAUGGAAAAAUGGUUGAAGUUAAGCGUGCAGUUCCGAAAGAGUUGUCACCAGGUCCUAGCCGUAGUCCACUUGGUGGAUACAAUUAUGGUCAGAGUAGGGUCAAUAGCUUCCUUAAUGGUUAUACUCAGGGGUACAGUUCGAGUACAAUUGGAAGCUAUGGUGUUAGAAUGGAUGGUAGAUUUAGUCCGGUUUCUAGUGGUCGAAGUGUAUUCACUCCAUUUGGUUCAGGUUAUGGAAUGGGAGUGAACUUUGAGAUUGGUUUAAACCCGGGGUACGGUGGAGCUUCCAAUUUUGCCAAUAAUCUCAACUACGGGCGGGGACUGAGCCCGUAUUAUACUGGUAAUUCUGAUAGGUUUAGCAACAUAGGUUUUGAAAGUGGCAAUGGAGGAAACUCAUCCUUCUUCAGCUCAGCAACUCAAAACUUGUGGGGAAGUGGAGGGCUCAACAAUGGUUCAAACUCUGCCAAUUCCAAUGCUCAUUUGGGAUCAGCAAGCGGCAUCAUCGGAGGAAAUGCAUUUGCCAAUUCUGGAGUUAACUGGAGUAGUUCUGGAAUCUCGUCUCAAGCGGGAGGAAAUCAUAUUUUUAGUAACUCCGGGAGUCUAAAUUAUGGAGGUGUUGACAGUGGUUAUACUCUUGGAGCUGGAGGGUAUGGGAGGAACAGUGGUACCGUCUUGCCUCCAACGUCAUCAUUUUCUACCUCUGUUGGUUUUGACGGGUCCUUGGCCGAUUUCUACAGUGCUAAUUACAGUGAUCCCACGUGGGGACCUUCCAAUUUUGAAAGAGAUGGAUCUGGACCCAUUGGUUAUGGACUUGGCAAUGCUGCUUCAGAUGUCUCAUCCAGAAGCUCUCCUGGUUUCAUUGGUGGUCAAAGCGUUAAUAGGAGGCAGUCGAGCAGAGGAAACACUACCUAGGAAUGAUCGGAUAUGUCAACAUAGUAGAUGAAGAUAAUUGGUGAAGCAUGUGAAGUUGCGGGCCAAUCAUAGAAUAUUCAGUUCAAUUACCCUACAAAAAAGAAAAAAGGAAAAAAGAAGAAUUAUCUAAAGCUAACUGAGUGCAGAUGCUGAGAACCAAUCUUAAAGGUAUUGUGUCAUGCACUAGGACAUGUCUGCUGGCAUUGAAAAUGGGGCUGUGAAGAGGAAAAUGGGGGCAGCCUCAUCACUCUCUGGCUUCCCAGGUGAAUCCCAUUAAGGAACACUGUUUGUGAAGAACAUGAACACAUUUGACAGCUGAAACCGAGCCUUGUUUGCUUCUCUCUCUAAAUUGCUUUACAUCUGAUUCUUUUAUGCUUCUUCCUUUGGAAAUUGAGAGUAAAAAGUGAAAGGAAAAAGGAAAAAAA